CCCAAAGGGGCAGGAGCAGGAGGACUACAGCUCCCAGAAUGCCUCAGGGGAGCGCUCCAGCCCUACCUGGCCCUGGCCAGGAAAGCCUAAGGGGGGGGGGGGGAGGAGGGGGAGGAGGAGGAGGGGAAGGGCUGCUUCCCGGGCGGAGGCCUCCUCCUCCUCCUCCUGGGCUCCAGAGCCGCGGCCCGAGAGGAAGCCCAGGAGAGAGGAGCUGCUGCCGGAGGUCACCACGAGACGUGGGACGUCGGUGGCUGAAGGCAUUGGAGUCUGGACUGCCCGCUGGUGCUAUGGCGAGCGAAGAUGCUGCCAGCAUCCAGGAAUUCCUGGAGCACAGCUUUCACUCUCUAGCUUCAAGGCACAUGGACUUCGAACAGAUGGAGGUGGACACAGCAGCGGCCAAAGUGGAUGAGCUCUCGAAACAGCUGCAGUCCCUUUGGACGGACAACCCCAGCUCCCCUGCCACGCAGGUCAAGGUGAUGGAGAGGUCUAGCACCGGAGGCAGCCGCCCUUCCCAUGAGACCCUGGUGAAGAUGGGCCCCCGUUCUGCCUCCCCGCUGCCUUCUCUCCCCUGGAAAAGUGCCUCCUGGGACGCUGCCGAAAACAGCGGCUACUCUUCCUACUCCUUUGGCGAGGGGUCGCCUGGUUCUGCCCACAUCUCCCCUUACAGUCCCUCACCCAACCAGCUGCUCCCCAACAAGUCCCCUCUUGGACGCCCCACUUCGCCACGACCUUCCUUCUUCCUUCAGCCGGAGCUGGACCGGAACCCAGCUCCAUCCUCCUCCAGGCCCAAGGUCCUGCCCGUCCCAUAUGAGUCCCUGACCCACGUCUCCUCCCCACGCUCCCUCCAGCCGAGUGGCCCCUCCGACCGCCAGUAUGAAUACAAGCCCUACGCUGGAGCGUUGGGCCGAGAGGGCUCCCCACGGUUGCCGAUGGAAGGGUCUGGAACACCCCAGGCUUUCUUCCCGGACCGAGUGCCAUCCCCCCGGCCGCCCCUGCCACCCGCAUACGAGAACCACAGCCUCUACCCCUCAGCGCCCAGCAACUUUGCACCCUUCCGGACUCAAGAUGACCUGGUGAUCCGGAGGAGGGGCCCAAAAGGAUGGAACGAAUCCGACUUGGAUGUGGCCUAUGAGAAAAAGUCAGCCCACUCUCUCAGUUAUGAACGAGGAGAUGCACACAUUGGCCUCCGCCAGAGCUCCUCAGGGCUCCCGCUUUCUCCUUGGAGGGAAUCAAGCUUGGAUGGGAGCAUUGGACAAAGCAAGGAGGAGCAUUAUGGCAUGCACAGUGCCACUUUGCCCCGGAAUUAUAAGGUCUUCCCUCCGGCCACCGAGAGGCGCCAGGAGACCUCCUUCCGCCGGUCUCUCCCUGCCAACCCAACGGGAACCUUGCCCCGUAAUUGGCAGCCCAUCUCCCGCAUCCCCAUGCCGCCCCCGAACCCCCAGGGCAGCCUCCCCAAACGCCACAAGCCACUGCCCCUCUCCAUGAUCUUCCGGCUGCACAAUGCCUUCUGGGAGUACGGCGCGUCCGGCAAAAAGUUUCCUCCAGCGCAGGGGCCACCAGGAUCGCCACUUCUCCUCCGUUCCUUACAAAAACAGAUCCUCCAGCAGCCUUUCAGUCCAGGGCAGCAUUCCCCUAGGAUGGCUCCACUUGGGAGUGAAGGAAAUGGCAUCUCCAGGGUUGCAGCCGCGCCGGCCGAACCCAUCCGCAUCGUUCCGAUCGUUUUGACGGCAAACGAGCCGGAGCCAGAAUUGGAGAACCUCUUGCCGGGAGGCAGCGAACCGGCCGAGAUGGACGAAUUGGCCCGCCCCCUGAGCCCCACUCGGCUGCAGCCGGUCCUUCCGCCGGAAGCCCAGAAAGUGCCCGAGUUCGAGGAGGUGGCCCGGGUCUUGGCAGAGAUGCCCCGGCCCCUGAAGCGGCGCGGAUCCAUGGAGCAAAACCCCAGUCCAGCAUUGCCCCCGACUCACAAGAAGCAGUAUCAGCAGAUCAUCAGCCGCCUCUUCCACCACCAGCCCCGCAAAGAGGAGGCGGCCCCCGUGGGAGAUGCCCCUGCCCAGGGCGAACUGACACCCAUCAGUGAAGUAGCUGAGCAGAAGUCGCCAGGAACGCCUGCAGCACCCGCGGCACCGGCUCCUAGCCUGGCAACCCCAACCUCCACCCCUCCACUGCCUCUUCCACUGCCGCCGCCUCCUCCUCCCGAGAGUCCUGUGGCUCUCACGCCUUUGCCCAGCCCAGAGAAACGCUCAGUCUUGCGCAAAGCCUCCUCUCUCUGGAAGCGGUCGCUGAAGAAAGCCCGGCUCAAUCCCUUGGUCCUCCUUCUGGACGCAGCACUGACCGGGGAGCUGGAUGUGGUGAAGGAGGCCGUGAAGGAGAUGAAUGACCCGAGCCAGCCAAAUGACGAGGGGAUUACUGCCCUCCAUAAUGCCAUCUGUGGUGCCAACUACAACAUUGUGGACUUCCUCAUCAACAUUGGGGCCAAUGUCAACUCUCCAGACAGCCAUGGAUGGACCCCCCUGCAUUGUGCAGCUUCUUGCAAUGACACCGCCAUUUGCGUUGCAUUGGUCAAGCAUGGAGCGGCCAUCUUUGCCACCACCUUCAGUGAUGGGAGCAUGGCCAUCGAGAAAUGCGACCCAUACCGCGAGGGAUACAGCGAAUGUUUCAGCUACCUUGCAGAUGUGGAGCAGAACAUGGGGCUGAUGAACAAUGGGGUUGUCUAUGCCCUGUGGGACUACAGUGCCGAAUUCAACGAUGAGCUGUCCUUCCGCGAAGGGGAACCGGUCACCGUGUUACGCCGGGAUGGUCAGGAAGAGACGGACUGGUGGUGGGCAUCUCUCUAUGGCCAGGAGGGCUAUGUGCCCAAGAACUACUUUGGGCUCUUCCCCAGAGUGAGGCCUCAGCAGAGAAUGGCGUAAGGUUUCCAAGGCAGGGGCUUCAUGUCUGCCGUUCCAGGAGGAAGCCAAGGGGAUGCGUCUGGACAGGAGACCAGGAAAAAGGGUGGCUGCCUGGCACUAUAGAGUCUCCCAUCUCCAAAUGGAGAGCUGUCUGUAGACUUUGCAUCUUCUGUGCGGACGUUGCGUUGCAAUGGUGAACACAGCAAAAGAGAGAUGCAAGACAAGGGACUCCUUGGCAUUUGCUGGCUCUGCUGGGGAUGGAAGACCACGAAUCAACCUGGAUGCUGAGCUACCCUUCAUUUUACCAUGUUUCCUCCCAUUGCCUCCAUGUAAACCCACUCAAUACUGUUCAUAUUCAUAGCGUUAUAUAUACCCCUUUCCACAAAAAGCAAGGGCAGCUAUUCUACUGACGAAAGCCAGGGUGGGCAACCAUAGAAAGGUAGGGGCUGCAUUAGCCCUGCCCUGGAGAACUUGGAGGGCUGCAUCCCUCCCAUUGCACUUGAUGCCACAAAAUAAACAUUUUAAAUUGCCUUCAAAUGCCUUCUAGGGUUGAGACGAAACAUCUCGCCCUGUUUUGGGGGUCUUGCUGGACCAUUUUAGUUUUCUCUUGGGCAUAAAUUUGUCCAUAGGGCUACAAAACACGGUGUGAAUGCUCCUCGCCCUAAAAUAUAAACAUAUUGGAACAUUGCCAAAAGUUGACCUCCGGCCCUUUCCUUGAUGGACAAUAGUCUCUCUGGCCUGGGAUUGGACAGAGCCAGGAGAAGCCACUCUGCCAGAUGGGCCCCCAUCCGCUGAUGUAUCUUGCUAAGCAGACGUUCCCGGCUGGAGCAGCUUUGGCAUCUUUAGGGGAUUAAAAGGGUGUUUCUUGUGUUUUUUAAAGAAGAUGUUUUAUGUAGGUACGGAGCCAGCGUUCUCUGUCUUGCCCCAUUCGCUCUUCCCACUGCCCCCAUCUCCAUCAUUCGGCUCCUGCAAGGGCAUUUCUCUGCUCAAACCAGGAGCGUUGUGGUUUCAGACAGAGCCUCCUGUAUUGAUCUGGCAAACUGUAGUGAUAAUAACUAUUAAAAGUUGGACUGAUGAGAUCAA